UUAAUAAUAUCCCCCAAGCUUCAAAGCGCAGUCAGUGACAGUCAUCUGUCUGUGCGGGGGCUCCGGGGACCGCUUUGGAGUCCAGAGGGCGCAGGGCGCGCGCAGCGCAGCUCACGGAUCGCGGCCCCCGAGACCCCGCGCGCGGCCUGGGAGGUCUGGGGAGCGACGGAGUCCGCGGGUGCAGUGGGUGCUGCCGGCCGCCGCUGACCGGCUCCGUCCCACACGACAUGCCGGGCAUGAUCCGCAAGAACCCGGACCUCGAGUUCGACUCUCUACAGCCCUGCUUUCUCCCGGACGAGGAUGACUUCUACUUUGGUGGCCCUGACUCCACGCCGCCGGGCGAGGACAUCUGGAAGAAGUUCCAGCUGCUCCCCACGCCGCCGCUGUCGCCGAGCCGCGCAUUCCCGGAGCCCGCGGACUGGGCCACCGAGAUGCUGCUGUGCGAGCCCGGCCUGUGGGGCGACCCGGCGGAGGAGGAGGCGUUCGGCCUGGGGGAGCUGAGCCGCCUCACCCCGAACCCCGUCAUCCUGCAGGAUUGCAUGUGGAGUGGCUUCUCGGCGCGCGAGAAGCUGGAGCGCGCGGUGAGCGAGAAACUGCAGCUCGGCCGCGCGCCCCCGGCCCCAGCUCCCGCCGCCCCGGGACCCCCGGGAGCGCGCCCCGGGGGCGCUGCUGACUGCGUGGACCCUGCAGUGGUCUUCCCGUUCCGGGCGACCACCCGCGAGCCCGAGCCUACCGCCCCGGCCGGGACCUCCGUGCCAGGCGUAGCCACGGUGGUCGCCGGGACCCCCGCGGUAGCUGCAGCUCCAGAGUCCGCUUCCCCCAGCUCCGAAGACCGCGCGGACUCCACGGCGGCGCCCAGCACCUCCAGCGAGGACACACUGAGCGACUCGGAUGACGAAGACUACGAGGAGGAAGACGAGGAGAUCGACGUGGUCACCGUGGAGAAGCGGCGGUGUGCGUCCAUUAGCAAAGCGGGCACCACCUUCACCAUCACUGUGCGCCCCAAGGGCGCGGGCGCAGGCGCAGGCGGGGUCCCGAGCCGCACAGUCCCCGGGGAGCUGACCCUCAAGCGCUGCGCCCCGAUCCACCAGCAGCACAACUACGCGGCGCCCUCUCCCUUUGUGGAGAGCGAGGAGCCUCCGCAGAAGAAGCCCAAGGGCGACGCAGGGCUGCGGCCCCUCAAGGGCGCGGCUCCGGCCAAGUCCAAGAGCGUGAGCCCGCGGAACUCGGACUCCGAGGACAGCGAGCGCCGGCGCAACCACAAUAUCCUGGAGCGGCAGCGCCGCAACGACCUGCGCUCCAGCUUCCUGACGCUCAGGGACCACGUGCCGGAGCUGGUGCACAACGAGAAGGCCGCCAAGGUGGUCAUCCUAAAGAAGGCCACCGAGCACGUGCGCGCCCUGCAGGCCGCCGAGCAGCAGCUGCUGCUGGAGAAGGCGGCACUGCAGGCCCGGCGGCAGCAGCUGCUGAAGAGGGUGGAGCUCGCCAGGACUUGCUAGGCUUCCCUCCGACCACCAAAGGCGGACGGACGGACUGACGGACGGAUGGACGCACGCUCACUGCCACUUUUUGCACAUUUGGAUUUUUAUUUUUAAACGUUGUGUUGACAUUAAGAAUGUUGGUUUACUUUUUCCAGUCGGCCUCCUUUCGUGUUUGGAUUGGGGGAGUAGGACCUUUGGGGUUCUGUGGGAUGUCCAGGAGCUCUCUCCCAGGAUACUGGGUGGCUCCAGGAGAGCCUCCUCUGCUGUUCACCACUACGGCGGCUGCGACGUCGUGUCUUGACCCAGUCUGGGACUGCUGUCACCGUGGUUCCUUUCUUUUACAAUGGUGCUUGAACUCUAGCCACGCGCGCCCUGGGAUGUCUAUGUAAAUACUGUGGACCCCGCCUUGUCCUGGUGAGGAGGUGGCGGGGCGGCUCUCGGGAGAACCGUAAAGAUACCUCAAUGUUUGAGGGGCAUGGUUUGUAUACGGUCUGUUGUUAAUCCCUGUUUCGUACUGUACUAACUUCCUACACUGCCUGUAUACUUUAGUAUGACGCUGAGACAUAACUACAUUUGAUACUUAUAUUUUCGUAUGAAAAUGAGGUGUGAGAGUUUUGAGUAGAUAUUACUUUAUCACUUUUUGAACUAAGAAACUUUUGUAAAGAAAUUUACUAUAUAUAUAUGCCUUUUUCCUAGCCUGUUUUUGUCCUCCCCAUCCCCCAUGUUAAUGUAUUUGUUCAUGUUCAGUGCAUAGAACUGGGAAAUGCAGAGUUCUGUGUGGAAUUUCUUCAGUGUAUAUAUUUGGUGCUGCAUCUUAUAGCACUUUGAAAUACCUCAUGUUUAUGAAAAUAAAUAGCAAUUAAAUGAUGCAA